AUGUGGCAGAGUUACAGCUCCACCUACAGGUCUGAUUCUAACUUCACCAACAACAAUGAGCUGAGGAUCGCGAUGGUGGGGAAGACUGGAGUCGGGAAGAGCGCCACAGGAAACACUAUUCUUGGUCGCAAUUGCUUUAAAUCCAAGUUCAGUGCCAAGUCCAUGACGGUGGACUGUUCCAAAGGCAAAGCCACAGUGUCUGGUCAGCAGGUGGCGGUCAUUGACACUCCAGGCCUGUUUGACACCAGGUUCGGCGUGGACAAAACCACCAAGGACAUUUGCCAGUGCAUCUCUUAUGCUUCUCCUGGACCACACAUCUUCCUGGUGGUCAUCAGGCUGGGCAGAUACACUGAGGAGGAGCAGCAGACGGUGCAAAGGAUCCAAGAAAUCUUCGGCCAGGCUGCAGACAAAUACAGCAUGGUUCUCUUUACAGGAGAAGACCUUCUGGAAGGUUCCACUAUUAAAGAGUUCCUGGCUGAAAGCCCAGAGCUGCAGGAACUGGUGUCCAGAUGUAACAAGCAGUAUCACGUCUUCGACAACAAGAACAAAGAUCCCUCUCAGGUCCAGGAGCUGCUGCAGAAGAUCAGAAACGUGGUGCAGAAGAACGGAGGAAGCCACUACACCAACGAGAUGUUCCAGGAGGCUGAGAGGGCCAUCGAGGAGAAGAAGAGACGCAUCCUGGAGGAGAAAGAGGAGAAAAUACGCAAAGAAAAAGAAGAGAUGGAGAGGAAGCUGCAGGAGGAAGAGCUGAAGGAGAAACUGGACAACAUCCAGAAAAAGCAUGAAGACGAAGCCAGAGAGGAGUCAGAAAGCUCCUGUUGUCAAAUCAUGUGA